AGAGAGUAGCUAAUGUCAAUACGAAAAUUACUGAAUACUGUACUGCAACAUUUUCUCUGUUUAAACCCAAAGAAGAUUUCAAUGAGGUGUUUGCAGCACUGCAGCCAACACUUCUGGAGUGCAUAGCUCUGCAGUGAAGGAUUCUGGAACCUGCAUUCAUCUGAAGGGCAUCCGAGGAGGUUCUGUCUUGUUUAAUGUGAUUGAGAGGCUCAGAGUAGUUGGAGGAGGUUCUAUGGGCUUUGGAUACUCUGUCAAAUCAUACAUUGUUGCUGCGAGUCCACAGGGGGGCCAACUCUCCAACCUGGUGGAGCCUGGAGGACAAGUUCAAGCAGAGGGUCCAUGUACCCAGCAUGUCAUCCCUGAGGAUUGAGAACCUGGCCCCUGAGGACGGUGGGCAGUACUUUGCCGUCAUCACCUCUACUAAGGGAGAAGGGAUUUUCCAGGUUUUCUACCUCACUGUCUAUGAGCCUGUGCCUCACCCUGAGUUCCUGGCAAAGUCACUGCCUAUCACACCAGGCUUGUGUAACAUCACCCUGGAGUGUAGAGUUCCAGGGGCCACAGAGGACCUGAAUAUGACUUGGGAAAGCAAGGGCCUCCUUGGAGAGCUGGAGCAGAGAGAAACACCAGGACCAGCCCCCAACCCCUGGACCCUGCCUGGGAGCCUGCCCCUGAGCCAGCCGAACAGCAAUCUCAACUACGUGGUCAGCAACCAGGUGGAUCAGAAAGCUGAUACUUUAGACCUUGGGAAAGUCUGUGCCCAAGGUGAGUGGUGAGUGUAGCCUGCGGGAUAGGAGAGGCUGCCCAAGCUCAGGUAGCACUGGGGUCUAAUGGUUCUGGGGUCUCUUCUCCACCAUGAGCAUUAGCACCACCUUCUACCUGCUCACCACACACAGCAGUGUGGGAGUCACAUACACCUUCGUUCUGCCUUUAAUCAUCUCUCCCAUCCAUUCCCUCCUCUUCACACCCCCACCAUGUCCCUGCUGGUUCAGACAGCAGCCUUCCGGAAGCUGUCCCACCCCAUCCAUCCUCCACUGAACAUCCAGAGUGGGCUUUGGGAAAAGUGGGUAAGAUUGGGUGGUUGUCUGUGUCAUCUGUGGGAUCUGGCCUCCAGUUACUCCCCCAUGGAAUUCAGGUCUCAGAUUCUUCUCUGCCCAUGUUUCUGGCCUCACCUGUGCACUUUGCACCAAACUGCUUGCUUUUAUUUCCGAACAUAUGUUCUGCUUCUUGUAAGCUUCUCAGAUUCUGAACAUGCUGUUUCUUACUCCAUCAGCCGUCCCACACCUAGUGUCCAACACUUCCCUUUUUAUUCCUUUCCACAUACUCCUUUCGGCCAUGGCCAGCUUUAUGGGCACAAGACACAUGCAGUCACACAGGGUUCUUCAGUCAGCAGCAUUCUACAAUGGGUUAAAACACUGCCAUUGCUGCCUGCAAGUUUUUAAUUUUUAAUCAAGGGAUUUUAAAUUUGCAUUGCACAGUGCCCUGAAAAUGAUGUAUCUGCUUCUGCACUCAGGCCCACCUCCUUAGGGAGAUGUCCGUGGCCCAAACAGUGAGUAGUAAUGAUGUGUUUAUGUCACUGUCUGCCCAGUAGACUGCAACAUCUUGAUAUUUUCCUUUGAAUCCCUGUGCCAAGCAAAGCUCCUGGCAACAUUUGCUCACAAUCAGUGUUCAUUGAAUGAAUAUAUGACCUGAUACCGUGUAUGCAGCCUUGUCCUCUCCAACCCUCCCUCCAAGAGUCACUGGGGGAUCUGAUGUGUCAGCAUCACAUUAAACCGCCUGCCACCUCCUCCCUCACCCCCAUCCUGGAGUGUUCAGCACUUAGCAUGACCACAAGUCCCUCCGGGCACAGACUCCUGCCUCCCUCUGACUCUCCUUGCCACAGCUUCUCCCUGCCCUGUCCCUCUCCUGCUGCAGUGGGGUGCCGGCAACUCCCAGGGCUGGUGUUUUGACACAGCCAUUUCCUGAACUUGGUGCUCUUCCUUCCUGGAAUGCCCCAGGCUGAAUAUCUGAGAAAUUCCUAUUAGCCCUUCAAGCCUCAGUUUAGCCAGCACUUCCUCUGGGAGGCCCUCCCUGAAGACCUUGUACAAGGUGGAAACCUGUAUCACAGCUACGAUCUCUCUGUCUGGCAGUUGGUAUUUUCUGUCUUCCCUCGUGGGUGCUGGGCUGCUGUGGACAUUGUCUUGUGCAUGUCCGCAUCCCUGGUAUCAAGCAGCAGCUCCUAACCGGUUGAAUGAAUGGACCUGCCAUGCUCCUCCCUUUGUAGCUUCUGCACCAGGCUCCUUCCCACUGCUCCACCUGCUUUCUCUCUCUGUCUCUCCUUUGGUAAUUUGUAUCUCAAAUUAUCUCCUGUCUUAACAUUUUCCACUCUCCCCAUGUGACAGGAACAGGUUCACACAAACAGGACAUGGUUAGACUGCUGCCAGGCAUCCUAGGGGCUGUUGUGGGUGUGCUGUUGGUACUGGGAGCUUGGCUCUACCUUUUGAAGAGGAAGAAGAAGAAGAUGGAAAGAAAAAGGCGCAAGUUGCAUUUCUCCUGACGUGCCCAGACACCUCCCUCCCUCACUAGAACCUCAGCUCUAUUUCUCUGAAUUUUGCUCCCAGGGAGUGGACUCUGCAGAGGGGAUGAUGGGUGUGGUCUUGGCCUUGGGGUUCAUGGCAGUGGGGAGGCAUACACAAUUUCAAGACACGGAUUCAAGCUUUGAUUUUGUCUCAGGUGGAGGAUUGCAGGAGAACCAAGGGGUCAAUGAUGGUGGCAUCCCCUUUCAAACGCUCAGCCAGCAAGUGUCACAGAAGGGCAAGGACAAGGGCAUCGGUGAACAAUAUCUGAAAAAAAAGAGGAGUCUGUCACUCCUCUCUACAGUGAGGUCUGUUAUCCAGACCAGACCAUGAAGAUCAUUUGAUUGGAGGAAGCAGGAGGAUCUGGCACUCCCAGGACACCUACACUCUAAGUCUAAAUCCUGCAGACCCCCGCCUUUCCCAGCUCUGGUUCAGUUCCCGCUUCCCCUUGUCUGUGUUACUCUAACCUCAUAGCCACAUUUCUACAGGGUACACAUGGCCUGGUUGUACUCUGUGACACCUCCCCAAGCUGUCCUUACACUUGGGCAGGGGCUGUUCUCCAUCACUGAGAUGUCUCCUGACCCCUCUCCUCCAGAAGCCUUCCCAAGAGGAGCCUGUCUGAUUGAGCAGGUGGUGAAUUCCGACCACCUCUGCCAUGUCACUGGUGUGUAUACUUCUGAGGACACAAGGCAGACAUGGGAACAGUGCAGAAGUGUUGACUAUGCUGCAGAGGAGGGAGAUAGGAUCUGUUUUCUGGAUGCUGAGUUUGAGGACAGCAUGGGUGGAUAGAAACCCGCAAAGGAACAGGCCAUGGCAUCUUUUGCAGAUUUUGUGUAGGGGUCUCUUGGGGGUAUCAGGCAGUGUGUGUGUGUGUGUGUGUGUGUGUGUGCGUGCAUGUUGGGAGGACUGUCUAGUGCACAUUAUACAACUGAACCAAAGCCACCUUUCUCAUCACCUGUGCUAAUCUGAGCCUAAUUUUCAGCCUCAGCCUGUGGAUUCAAACUCAAAUUCCUGUAGAGUGGAAAUAGAAAUGUCUAUCAUCUCAAAACCUUCCCAACCUCUGUGUCUCAGGGAGUGACCCUAAGAGGCCACAGGUGGGGAUUGUCUUAGAAAACAGCCUCAGCUCUUCCCUACUCCUAGGAUAGUGCACUUGGUUGUACGAACAGAUGUGAAGUAUCCUUCCAUGCCCCCUUGGUGAGGGCUACUUGGGCUCUGAUGGGUGAAGCUAUUGAGAAGAUCUAACCCAGCCCUCUCCAGCCUCUUCUUAUUCUGACCCUCAGUCUCCCUCAGCCAUGCUGGCCCAAACCCUAGGUCAACCACUUCUCUGCUCACUUGCAUCCCUCUGCCUGAAAUUAGUUUUCUCUCUGUGCUCCUCACCCUCACUCCCACCUGCUGAAAUUCUAGCGUGCUGCUCAAAGCCUUUCCCAAGAUGCCUGUUCUAUGAGCUUUAUGAAUCCUAAAGGUUUAAAAAUGACAUUUCCCAUAUAUGACUUUCCAGAACACCUUGGGCACUAUGUAUGGUCCCUGCCACAGUUUGCCCUGGGUUGGUCAUGAGUCUUCCUGCAGUACCAACCUGGGCUCUCUCAAGAGGGUGUGGGACUGUGGGAGGACAGGAUCAAGAAAACAAGCACCUCUUGGUGUAAAGGUUCUGGACCACCUUUCUCCCAUCUCCCAUCCUUCUGCUCAGCAGAGGGAGAUGCAGCACAGGAACUGCUGAUAGACUCUCUGGUGUGGCUCUACCUGGAAACAGGGGUGGACACAAUGAACUUCCUCGACUAUACAUGUCCUGAAGUCCUAGUUGGAGACUUCCUUACUCCCUUAUCAGCUUCUUAUUGUAAACCUGGCCAUGCUUCCACCAUGGUAUAUGGGUGGUUCUUCCCUCCUGAGGAGUCCUCACCUUCUUGCAACCUCUGCCUCCUGUUUGAAUCCCAGCUUUUAUGCAGAGAUGGGCUAACUCUAGUACCACGAGGUGCUGCAGCAUGUCUAGUGGCCUAGAUCCUUGGGUUCGUGGUUUCACUCACGCCAACCACAGAAAACAAAGGUCUGAAAAGAGUCUCUGUUAAGAGAUUGAGCACUAG